AUGAGCUACAUGCACGUGACUUUGCAGAUAGCCGGUUCUUGUCAGGCCCAUACCCACAUCAUUACAACAACUUUAUACAACGACCUUUUCGAUCACUACAACAGCAGGCUCAUCCCCGUAUGUGCCAUGAACGGAAAUGUCACUCUUUAUCUCAGCACUGCACUCCGGCAGAUAAUGGACCUCAAUGAACGAGAACAGGUUAUUUCCAUCAACGUUUGGAUUCGGAUGCGAUGGAACGAUUGCAGUAUGAAGUGGAACGUUUCAGACUAUGACGGAAUCGACCACUUCUCUGUGCCGUAUGAUGCAAUUUGGAUCCCGGAUAUCUCGCUAUACGACAGUGCCAGUGAUGAAGUUAUGAUGCCAGGAAAGGAGGACUAUAAGGCUACUGUAAGCAAUGACGGCACUGUCAACUACAACUUUCCGACAGUACUCAAGAGCAUCUGUCGGGUUGACGUUACAUACUUUCCUUUCGACGCACAGAGCUGUAGUCUCAAAUUCGGCUCAUGGUCUCAUCAUGGCUUUGAGAUAGAUUUAAUCAACUUAAAAGAAGAAGCGGAUUUGUCCUACUAUGUUCGACAUAAUGAGUGGGAGUUAACCGGUAUGCCAGCGCAGAGGAACGUCCUUUAUUAUGCCUGCUGUCCAGCGCCAUACCCUGACAUCACAUAUAGCAUCAACAUAAGACGAAAGUCUCAGUUUUACGUGAUGACUGUAUUGUUCCCCUGUAUUUUGACUAGUAUCGUCGCCACGCUUAGCUUCAUACUCCCGGCUGAAUCGGGCGAGAAGGUUUCCUUAGGCAUUACAGUUCUACUGUCUCUCGCCGUCUUCCUCCUCCUGGUGUCCGAGUCAAUGCCAGCAUCAUCCGACUCUUUUCCGUAUAUUGGAAUGUACUUUGCUGCUUCCAUGGUCCUAGUGUCAUUAUCGUGUACAAUGACUGUUAUUGUUCUGAUGUUCCAUUCACGAGGGUGUUCAGGCAGGAAAAUUCCACUCUGGGCAAAACGUAUCUUCAUUGAAAAACUGGGCAAGCUGUUUUGUUCUCAGUCAGGAAAAUAUCUUCUGGACAAUGCAAAAGACCUCGAGCCAGUGGAAUUGUGUGUGAACGGACACACCAAUAAGGUAGGUCACUCAGAGAUACCAGCGGAGCAAACAACCAACUUUGUUACAAACAAUUCCACAACGGAUGUGCUUCUACGGACCAAGGACCCAAUAGCGAAACUCAUGCGUACACAAUCGGUCGUUCUAGAAAGACUAGAAAACAGUUUAAACAAAACCAAUGUUUCUGACAACUUAGAAGAUGAGUGGCACCAGUUAGCUCGCGUGCUGGACCGAUUGUUUCUUUUCUUAUAUAUAGUCAUAUCACUCAUUACGUCAUCAGUAUUUCUCGGAAUAAUGUCAAGUAAUUCAUGA